AUGGAUCGAGCGGGCCUAAAAAGUGAGUAUGAGAUUCUGCACCUGAUAUACUACAAAAACCUUCGCCAGCAUCGCUCGCAAAGAUGGUGGAAGUACCUCCGGAUUCUGCACCGCCGGGUCCGCCAGCUUGCAGUCAAGUUUGAUCCCACAGUAUGCAGCUAUCUUGUCAAGCGGCUGAUUCCCCAGGCAUACCGGUGCUUUCACGGCAUUUUGGCUCAAGGUGCGUUCAUUACCUUGGGAUUUGCUCUGUUGGCGUCACUGGCUAAAAUAUGGUCGAUUUUAGAGCCAUUGGUUCCCAAGGUUCCCAUGGUGGACGUGCGUCGCAAAACCCAGCUGCCGACCUUGGAGGACAUUGGAGAGGUUGUUGAAGACUUUACGCCUGUGGUUGCCGCGAAAAAGCCCGAGCCGGCCAAACCGAAAAAGAAAAAAAGCAAGAAAAAACGAGACGCCAUCGACGAUAUCUUUGGCUAA